AAAAAAUGAGUGUCAAUUUCUACUUCCUGUUUUAGAAUGAUAUACACAGUGCAGUGUAAGAGUGAAUUUUUCAGUAAGCAGGCGAGACUCAUGAAAUUGGAUCGCCUUCACUCGUGACGGGUUAUUUUUAAAGUAAUUGGAGUCACAAACGUAAGGUCAGAGUUCAUCAAAAGGUCAUUCAUCAAGCUAUGAAUCAGUGACCUGAAGCUCUGAUGGUAUUUGAGGUUAAAGGUUAAUUGCCUGGAAAAGAGGCUGGGUGCAGAUCUAGAACUCACUGGAGGAGGUCAGAGUUCACCCCAGAGAUGUAAAGGUCUCCAGGAGAAUUCGUGUGAUAUUUACACCUUAGAUGUUUACCACAACAAGAAUGUAAACAAUACAAGAUUAAUUGACACCAGACAGCAACCAUGAAGUACAGACAUACAUAGCCAUUUGACCUUGAUUUGAACAUCAGAAUGACCUUAGAGGUGGCCUUGAACCUUGGCGGGGUGUUUUUACCUGUGAUCGGAGGUUUCGUUGGCCUCUUUCUACUCGUCUAUAUCAUUGGGGUCUGUUUGUGCUUAGGAGGAAAACCAAAGGAAACCUCAUUGAGUACUGGCAAAUAUACAGUUGGACAUGACACAGCAGGGGGUGCUGUAGACAAUGUGACCAUAGAUGUGGACAGUGGUCUGGUUCCUGUGGAGAAUGGUCAAGCAGGGGGCAGCCUUAGGAUCAGUAAUGGUAGCCAGCGGAGCCCCGGACAUUCUCCUCACCACGCCAACCAACGACAACUACCUGCACCACCUCAGGGUAACGGAACGGUCAAUCGGACAUUGAAAAUGGAUGAGGACCCCGAGGAUGAUUACGAUCAUUUGAAUAAAAUGGUGAAUCAGGGUAAUAAACGUGGGUCAAACUAUGACCAUGUCAUUCUCGGUGAAGAUGGAUCGGUGAAAAUCAAAGAACGAAAGCCAAGUGUUCCUGAUACGGAUUACGCAGAGGUGAACAUGGAAAACAUCUACACUCCAGUCAAGGAGCAAGGAGCGGCUGACAGCCGAAAAUCACAAAAUUUUAAUGGUAAAGCUCGGGUUAACAUUGUUCCACCCUCAAAUGAUGAUGAAUAUGCCAUGGUCAGCGAUGAACGGGAACCGAUGCUUCCAACAAAUGUUAAGGUCAAAGAAGAUCCAUACGCAAAACUUAAGGAGAAAGAGGAUCCGUAUGCAAAACUGAAAGAAAAAAAUGGUGUGUUAGAUAAGGUAAAAGAGACUGAUGACCCCUACAAUAAGGUCAAGGAUAAAGAUGACCCCUACAAUAAGGUCAAGGAGAAAGAUGACCCUUACAAUAAAGUGAAAGAUGAUGACCCCUACAAUAAGGUCAAAGAAAAGGAUGACCCCUACAAUAAGGUCAAAGAGAAGGAUGACCCCUACAAUAAGGUCAAGGAGAAGGAUGACCCCUAUAAUAAGGUCAAGGAGAAGGACGACCCCUAUAAUAAGGUCAAGGAGAAAGAUGACCCCUACAAUAAGGUCAAGGAGAAAGAUGACCCCUAUAAUGAGGUCAAGGAGAAAGAUGACCCCUACAAUAAAGUGAAAGAUGAUGACCUGUAUAAUCAGGUCUCGGAGAAGGAUGACCCCUACAAUAGGGUCAAGGACGAUGAUCCAUAUAAUAAGGUUAAAGAGGAGGGAGAAUCGGGCGGUUCAUUUAUGGAUUUUGACCCCUACAAUAAGGUCAAGGACACUGAUCCAUACAACAAGGUCAAGGAUACUGACCCUUACAACAGAGUGGAAGACGAUGAUCCCUAUAAUAGAAUAAAGGGGGAUGAUCCCCCUUAUAAUAAGAUAAAAGGUGAUGAUGUUGACGACCCUUACAACAAAGUUGAUGAUGAUGCUUUUGUAGAUAUUACAGAGGAUCCGAAAUAUCCGUAUUCUACUGUGGAUCCCAAUCGGAAAACAAAACAGGUGACAACAAUAACAGUGACUCGUAAUAGUAUGGAGGUACCAGCUGGGGCCGUGGGCGGGGCAUCUCAAUUAGAGGAAACUUUCAAAGUUGAAGAAGGCGGGGAUGAAUAUGCAGUUGUUGUGAAAAAUCGGUCGGACUCAUCAUCCGUGGCAACUGUUGUGAAGGCUGACACGCCUCCUGAGAUCAAGCCCUUAACACUUCCCCCGGAACCACCGAGGAAUUACCGGAGAGAAGAAACAACAACAACACAGGCGCCACCUGGUGGUGAAGCCACACCCACAACUUCAGUCAACCAAUCACAAACGCAGACUCCAGCUGCCACAAGUGUCAAUCAAACCUCAACUGCUGAAGGAGAAACUGCGCAGGACGCAGGUCCUCCACGCAGGGAACCCGGCUAUAUAAAACUGACGUCACGAGAGUCAAUGGCGAGCAUAAAUGCCCGUCGCGCGCUCAACAUGUACGAAACUGUGGCAGAAACGGAAAAUAUGUAUGCAACAGUGGAGGGAGGCUCAGGUGAUGGCGUUAUUCGUGCGGCACCCACAAACCCUGCUCCUAACCGGGCCAGUCUCCCUAACGACUUCUAUGCAGAGAUCGGAGGUUCAGGUGAUGGGAUCAUACCUCCUCCCCCCACAAACCCUGUACCGAACCGAAACAGCCUCCCAAACGACUUUUAUGCUGAAAUAGGAGCUUCAGGAGAACAGCAGGCUCGCGUCCCUGCACCGCCUUCUCUGGAUAGUCUUCACCUCAUGACAAAGACACAUCACGACGUUCGUCAGGGGUCAAGGUCAUCCACAGAGGAAAGUGAAAUUAGGCACAUUGUACCGGAGCAGUUGUCGCCAAGUGGCUUUGUCAACUCGCCUCCAUAUGGAACAGCAGCUAGAGCAAGUUACGGAGAUCCUCAAUCGUCAAGUCCAAACAUCCGGGGUGCUAGCGGAAAGGUGACCCUUGACCCCAAUUACCAGACUGUGAGGGACUGUGUCAAUGAAAAUGACCUUGACUGUGACAUUGACCCUAAUUAUGAAAGUGUAGAGGAGGCAAAGGCAAAGGUUUUCGUGUUGGAACAAAAAAAGGAAGACGGACAAACGCCAGCGGACAAUAAGAAAAAAAGGAAUCAUGUUUAUGAGGAAGUGAAACCCUCUUCGGAAGAGAGAGGAAAUCCGACUCGUGCGUUACGUUCUCAUAUGUACGAAGACAUUGAUGAAGUACAGGAACAGAAACGAGAAUUGAACAGAAAGUCACAAGAAAUUUCAAAAUCUAAAAAAAUAUAAAAAAAAAAAAAAAAUAAACACAUUAAUUUUAUGAAAUCA